UGGUGCGUGGACUGUGAUGGGAGAAUUGUGCAGUGGAUUUUCCUCGUUGGGGAGGAUGGAGCGAGGUUCAUGAGACCAGUUUUCGAAACCAACUUCUCCCCAGUUCAACUCCAGACGUGGAUUGAAUCAGAACCCCGUUGCGUCUCUUAUCUCGGAAAGAUUUAACAAGCCUACUUGAGAUCGGCUACUGACGUGUUUUUGGAAGGAUUUGAGUGGAUGGAUUUUUUGGAUUUUAAAAUUAGAAAACUUUAUUGGAACAGCUUGUGAAAAUUUGUACAUAGUUUUCAAUCUUGGUAGAGUUAUUUGUAAGUGACUCUUGUGCCGUUUACGAGGAAAUGUGCAAUUGUAUUAGUUUUGUUACCUUGUAGAAGGUAUUUGUAAGACGGAUUUUGUAAUUGUGAAAUAAUCAGAAAUUAUUAUACGAUUUCCAACUUCCAUGCACAAAAUGGCUUCUGUAAUUAAUAAAUACUACUAGAGGAUAAUAACUGUCAAAUAGAUCUAUGUAAUUAUUCAUGUACCAGAAUUGGACCCCAGCUUGUGUAAUUGCUGGAAUUGUGCAAAUUUUAGAUACCAAUUUUAUAGCAAGCGUGCAAAUUUAACAGUGCGAAAUACCAUACGUGGAUACUCUUGACUAUGGAAUAAGGAUUGUUAUCAAACUAUUUCUGGAAAAGUAUAGAAGAUCGACAACUGGAAUCAAAAGUUCUGAAUUUCUGACUGUAUCCAUUUAUCACGUAUUGUGUGACUAUAUACACUAAUUUGACACUUCCCCAUCCUUGAAGUACGUGCAUUCUGUGAGGAAAAACAUACUUUUUAAACAGUAAAGUGAAAGUUGCCAUUUUUACAAAUUUUCUAAACUGAUGCGUCCGCGUGGAGAAAACCGAGUCGACGACCGUAGAUGAUUUCGGUGUCUGUGAAGGGGAACAAGGUCGUGGAUCACCACGCCCUCAUCAGCACCUCCGACUUUGACCACACAGUGUGGACUGGCAAAACAUUUGACAUGUCAUCAUCUUCACAAAACAACUUGAGACAAGUCCCUGGGCACGACAUGGGGCCAUUUCACGACCCCCAUCACGCCACCACUAUCGACGAGUACGACCCCGACGAAGACGACUAUGACGAGGAAGAUGAGGGUGAGGAUGUCGAACAGGAAUUUGGCGAAUCUCAUGGGGCUGAUUUCAACCGAAAUUUAGGUACCCAGCAUGUCAUCCCCUCGUCACCUGCUCCCACGACGACGACAACAACGUCAAUUGCCACCCUCCACCCAAACCUUUCAUCAUCUUCCUCCGAGUAUGACGAAGACGCAAAUUCGCCACCUCAUUUUCUGCGCUUUCUCCGGCAGUUGUCCAACAUGACGAGAGACGCGGGGAUGGACGUCAGGAUGAACUGCGAGGCGGAAGGGGUACCUGCCCCAAGGACGAUUAAAUGGUUCAAAAACGGAGUGCUCGAGCAAUUUCGAGCGGACAGAUUUCGAAUCAGGCACACUCGCAGAAAAACUUCCCAAGGAAAAAAUUCUCCCAUUCGAAUUGUCGAGUCGACGCUGCGAAUUCGUAGUCUGGAAGUGCUAGACAAGGGAUUUUACACGUGCGAGGUGUCAGGCGGAGGUGGUUCUUCCAAAAAAAUUUCAUCUACCGCGAUCUUGAACGUUAUUCAUGACCCAGGUCUUGACUCCGGAGUCAUCCCGGAUUUUCCCAGCGCAUUCGAGUCGUUUCCUGAAAUCGGAGAGUCUGGAAACGUGCACAGAAUCGACAGUUUCCAUCGAAUAUCUGCAGCAAACACGGGAAAUGGUGGUGGUGCUUCAUCCAGUGGAAGGACUGAUGAGCAGGAUUCAUUCGUAAUGCAACCACCGAAAAAUGGCCAUGGAUUCUGUCAGCCCUACCGUGGUUCAAUAUGUCGCAAAUAUUUGGAGAAUCGCACAAUCUACGUCUCCGCAGAAAAUUCGCAAGUCAUCUUGGAGACCAAAUUAAAGGAAGCCAUAAAUCUGAUCAGACUUUCUCCUGACAUUUCCGAGCAAUGUUCCACCUUCGGAAUUCCAUCCCUUUGUCAUUACUCAUUUCCAAUGUGCACCUCAUCCCCAAAAACACAAAGUGGUCACCCACGCCGCCUCUGUCGCGAAGAAUGCGAGAUUCUCGAGGAAUCCGUAUGCAGGUCAGAGUACACACUCGCCAAGCACCACCCGCACCUGCCCCUCCCACAGUGCGCCACCCUGCCCCCCGUCGGCUCACCUGAUUGGUCGACCUGCCUCCGACUCGGCCUCCCAAACAAACAGGCAGCACUCCCCCUCGUAGACGAAAGUCAGCCCUGUUACAAAGAACGCGGGGUCGAGUAUCGGGGUCCAGUCAGUGAAGGCAUUUCCGGUCAGCGGUGUCACCCUUGGCAAAGUCAGAAAGAAGAGUACAAAUCCGCCGAUCACCCAGAAUUAAUGGGUGGACACAACUUUUGCCGAAAUCCGACCGGUGCAGAACAAGGGCCGUGGUGCUACGUGAAUCAAAACGGGUUUGGCUCUGGGCGUGUCGUGAAGGAACAUUGUCGCGUUGAGCAGUGUGGCUUCUUUGGCUAUGAUGACAAACUAUGGCUCACACUAUCUGCCGGGUUAUCCUCUCUGUUCCUGGUCCUACUUUUGUGCGUGGUGUGCUGCUGCUGUCGUCGUGGGAGACAAUCCAACAAAAAGAAGCCAUCCUCCUCACCCACCUUUCUCACAGUGUCGAACCACUCGAAUCAUCAUCCCCUCUCGGGAUCCACGCAACACUUGGAGAUGAAUCAUCUCCUAAAAAACCUGAGUGGGUCGGGCACCCGGAGCAACAAUAGCGGCGGUGGGGGCAGCAUUUUAAACGGGCUAAGCUCGGGAAUCUCCUCCUCGUACGAAAAACAUACGUACAGCCAUCUCAACGUGCCGGAAGUGGCGGUGGGAAACGUUCACCUGUUCGAGGAGCUGGGUUGCAGUGCGUAUGGAAAAGUGUACAAGGGCGAAGCUCUGCUCCGAAGUGGUGCAGGUGACAUGCCAGUCAGAACUGUGAUAAAAACGCUGAAACCAUCCGCCUCGGCCAAGACGCGGCAGGACUUUUACCGCGAGAUUGACCUGAUGGGUGACCUGCGCCACCCGAACAUUGUUUGUCUUUUGGGCGUCGUGACGCGAGAGGAGCCGCGCUGUCUCCUCUUCGAGCACAUGAGUCAGGGCGAUCUGCACGAGUUCCUCAUAAGCCAUUCCCCCCGGGCAGACCCCGCUCUGGCCCCAUUUAUCCUCCAAGCCAACGAGAUGCUCUUCAUUGCUACGCAGAUCGCGGCGGGGAUGGAGUACUUGGCGGCGCACCAUUAUGUCCACAGGGACCUCGCUGCUAGAAAUACUCUCGUGGGGGAUGGUCUCACGGUGAAAAUUUCAGAUUUCGGACUUUCGAGAGAGAUUUAUAAUUCAGAUUAUUACCGUGUUCAGUCGAAAUCAUUGGUUCCUGUCAGAUGGAUGCCACCGGAAGCUAUCAUGUACGGAAAGUUCAGCACAGAAUCGGACGUAUGGAGCUUUGGCGUUGUUCUGUGGGAGAUUUAUUCCUACAGUUUACAGCCAUACGUCGGCUUCUCUAAUCCAGAAGUGGUCGACAUCAUCCGCUCUCGUCAACUCCUUCCAUGUCCCGACCUCUGUCCUCCCCGCAUGUACUCGUUGAUGGUCGAAUGUUGGGCCGAGCUGCCACAUCGACGCCCCUCAUUUGAAGAGAUCCACUCCCGCCUCAAGCUCUGGCUCCUCCCCCUUCUCGGCCCCACCUCCACCUUCAGCCCGCACAUUAUCCCGCAAAAUUCCCGCUAUCCUUUCGUAACUCCGCCUUCCACGGCGAGCAACAAUUCCGUCAGCAGCGCUCAGUCGAGCAACGUCACUGGACCGCUGAGCAACAACACGAAUUCGACCUCUGUCUCAACCCAGUGGCCGACAGGUCAAGGGUCAACUGGACCUCUCCGUACUUUCCAAUCAUCAAACAACAAUAACAAUGGUCACUGCGUCGCAUACCAAAGUACACAGAUCGUUCACCCAACCGGAAAUGGGACAGGAUAUUCCUCUCCGUCACCACAAUAUCAAAAUGCAACGGUACACUUUCACUCUGGGACAGGGCGGAUAAGUCACAAUUUGCAUUCUCAAGGACAAAACUCUCCUUCCCCGUAUAGGGCUUUAAUGGAGUCGAAAUCUACAAAUAUUUAAAAUGUUCGUCUUUUUAUUAUAAUUAUUACAAUUCUGUAAAGUUGAAAUGUAAACGAGUUGAAUAUCCAGCUUAUUAAUUGUGAUUGAUACAAAUUAGUAACGCUUUAAUAAAUAAUCUGACACGGUCUAUGAACCGUCUUGUCUUCAUGCA